AUGGCCUCGCAGAAAUCGACUGAAGAGACCGAUGCCACCUCUUGCCAGCUGCCAGUAGCCGAAACAGAUGCAACCUCUGUCGAAGGAGAAUCUGUGGCGGCAGAAGGGCAACCUGGCAGCUUGGAGACACUAGCCAUGGCAUUGGACAAUCGUUCCUUUUUCGGCGCGUCGUCGAUAUCGGCAACAAACUUCAGAACAUCCCUGGCACAACGGCCCGAGAGAGAGAUGUCGCGUGUCGACCCCCUUUUUCUUCAAAUCGGAAGUCAAUUUGCCGCUCAUGUCUCCUCCGGUACCCAGAGCUCUGCCCCUUUCGGCGGCAGGCCGACAGUAGUCAACUUGAAUAGCCGCGAGAUGUUCUUGCUCAAUGGGUCCUUUACCUAUACUUCCAAUGCUGUUCUUGAAUCCGACACGAUGGGCCUUGGUGUUAUCACGACUGAAGAACUCCAAACGACCGACGGCACUGCCGAAUCCUCUGAUGGCAAUUCAGAUGGCAAUGGAGUCAUUGCAGCGCAGUUCGAGGAUACAGUAUAG